AUGGCCAACUUCCGAGGUGGUGGUGGCUGUCACGUCGACUAUUCCGGUAUUGUUGGCAGCUAUCUAUCCCCGAGCGGUGAUACCUUGUCGGCGCCGGGCCAGCAGGCCUUUCCCACCUCCGCCUCCGCGGUUAUGCCGUCAACGGCGGCU